AUGCGGAUGGUCCUGCUUUUUCUGUGCCUUGCGGCGUCUCUCGUCACUGCCAAUGUCGAAAAGGCUAUCUUCCUAGGUCCUCCAUCGAUCAAUGUCCCGCUGCAACAGCCCACCCUGUCAAGCCUCAACCUUGACACCCUGACGCCAGAGAGCUCCACGAUUCGUACACGGCUCCCGAGAAGCUUCCAAACAGGAGACUCACCGGGCCAGACGUCAUGGCUCAUACUUGACGGGUUGACAGAGGGUCAAAGAUAUGAGCUCCGCGUCUGCUGGUCAGCCAUGGAACCCACCGCCUUUGAUAUAGAGACCUUUGAUGUCGAACAUGUCUUCGAAACGCCAGAACUCAUACAAUCGCUCUCAGACUUCGCAUACGCCCGGGUCGGGACUGCAGCUGAUCCUGUCGACGUGACCACGAAUGAGACAGAAAAGACUUCCUCCGUUUUGUUUGUGCGCAUCAUUACAGCGGCAGACUACUACUCAGAUUAUACCGAACUCAUGGAGAACCCGCCUCCUGUGCUGGUCGACCUCAUUCUCGACCCGUUCCUCUUCAACGUCUUACCACGCUCACUGCUUCCGACGGGAGGCUAUAUAAUCUGCGUCGCUAUCGUUGCGUGGUUCGUCGCCAGCUACAUCACCUCACAGGUAAAGUCCUUCGCGGAGUGCUCGAGCACGAUGGAGAAGAAGAAGCAGUAA